CAUAAUUAUGCCAUAAUUAAUUUGCUAUGAUGGCAAUAUGGCGGACGUGGAGGACGCUGAGAAAAUUGUCACUGAAACUACUACAACUACCACUGAAAACAAGGACGAUGUCGAAAAAUCCACUGCUGACGAAAACAUCGAACAAGAUACAUCUUCUUUACCGAAAUCAAGUGAAUCAAGCAGCAAUCCUGCCUCAGAUGCGCGAGCUUUGCUCGCAAAUCUAAUAUCCCUUGUACAAAGUAUUGAAACGGAGACUGGCGAACCAGAUCAUAAGAAAGUCGUGUACGAAGUCUUUGGCACGCUUGUCGGUGGAAGCUUUGAUUUGGAAAUCAAUUUCACCAUAAACAAUUCGCCCAAUCUACUGAUACUUUUGGAACUGCUUCAAUACUGUAGCGCAUCCUUGUCCGUUGAAAUCCUUGGAUUUCUCAUCUCCAUUCUCAAACGAAGCAUAACCAACCUACAAAUAUGUACAAGCAUUGGAUUAAUUGAGCGUAUUCUGCAACGAUUGCCUAAUGAAAUUGAUGUUGUUGCAGACAAAUUCAUUGAGCUGUUGGGUGUUCUUGCCGCGUAUAGUAUAACUGUUAAGGAGUUGAAAACACUAUUUGCCGCUUUGCAUGGGAAACAGGGACGAUGGCCAAAGCAUGCUGCAAGACUGUUGAAGGUGUUAAGGGUGCUGCCAGAACGUCGCGGACCUGACGUCUACUUUGAUUUCACUGGAAAUCAAGGAGCAGCCAUUACUGUACCACCUAUUGCUAAGUGGCCUCACCAACCUGGCUUUACAUUUUCAACAUGGGUGUGUCUGGAUGGUUCGGUUAUUACGAACGCCGAGAAAUGUCGACCUUACUUAUAUUGCUUUCGCACUGGAAAAGGAGUUGGUUAUUCAGCGCAUUUUUCUGGUCCGAUGCUGGUGAUCGAGUCCGCUGUUCGUCAAAGCAAACGUGAAAUACGCUACGUUCGCCAUCUUGUCGGUCAUCAGUUUUAUCCUCAAAAGUGGUUCAUGUUAACCAUCGUCCAUACCUACAGUCGUUUUCGUUCGAGCGAAGUGAAAUGUUAUGUUAACGGUGAACUUGUUUCUGGCGGUGACCUGACGAUGGCUCAAACCAACGAGCCUCUGGACAAAUGCUAUAUUGGCAGUUCACCGAGUGCGGACGAAAAGAGCGUGUUUCGUGGGCAGUUGGGCGCUGUUUAUCUUUUUACUGAUGCGCUGUCAUGGCCUGUUAUUCAGGCAGUUUAUCAUCUCGGACCUGGCUAUAAGAACAAAUUCAAAUUUGAGUAUGAAGUCGACACGCCAUUGAAUGAACUAGACAGAAAGGCUCUGUACGAUGGUAAACUGGCCUCGUCUAUCAUGUUCACAUACAACCCGAAAGCCUGUGACGGGCAGUUAUGUGUUGAAUCGUCGCCUGUUACGAACGCUUCUUAUUUUUGCGAGUCUCCUCAUGCGUUGAUGUUAGAAGGAGUUCAAGCCGUUGUCACCCAAACUCUUCAAACAAGCUUACAUUCACUUGGCGGUGUGCAGAUGCUGUUUCCUCUGUUCGCUCAACUGGAUUAUAUUCAUGCAGAAAAGAGGGAGGACCGUGAAGCCGAUAGAGACAUAUGCACGCUGCUUCUUUCCCUCCUUUGCGACUUCUUGAAGAACUCGGAGACAAGUCAGCAGCAAAUGAUUCAAGGAAGAGGAUUCAACGUUGUCAGUUUCUUAUUGGAGAAGUGCGCUGAUGUUGCCAUACUUACAGAAGAAGCCUCGGAUUAUUUACUGUCAUUAACAAGGUUUUUACUUUUGCAACCGAGAAAAAGCCCACUGAUUGGCACAUUGCUUACCAAUGUAAUAUUCAAUGCUAGAUUGUGGAUAAACACACCGUUUAAGGUUCAGCUUCACUUGUUCAGUGUAUUUGCUACGGAUCUCAUCACCAAUCCUGGUUGUCCAGAUCUGAUGCGUCGGGAGGUCGGAGUGAAUAUGUUCAUCGACAUGUUGCGCACGCACUACUGGGUGGUUCCACCUGAAAACAUCCCGAUACCAGAUGUGCUAAGGCCAAGCAAAGAAGAGUUGCUUUCACUGCGUGCUUUUAUAUUGGUUCUGGUGAAGCAAAUGAUCAUUCAGGGAGAUCUCAUCGAGGAUCAUGAAUUGGAAAGUAUAUUUUGCUAUCUCUGCAUAGUCAAAGAGGAAGAGAAUGUGGUGGACAUCUUACAGUUCAUCCUUGAUCUUAUGUGCGAGAAACCAAUGGCAAUAAUUAUGGCUCUUGAUCGUCUUGAAGGCAUUAGGGUUUUACUACGUUUUUUGUCAGCGGCUGAUGAAGCUGUGAGGAUAUACAGUUUGAAGCUGAUUGGUGCUUUCUUGCGUUACUGUCCCAUGCAAAAGAAGAUCAGUAUUGUCGAGGAAUAUGCUAUUUUUUCUUACAUUGGGGAAAAAUUGAAGCAGUUUGAGCUCACGCUUACGUCUUAUAACGCACUUUAUGAGGUUUUGACUGGACGAGUGUACAAGCAAAUUCGUUUUGAUCGCCAUCCAGAUCCAGACUCUACAUACAUGCUUACAAAUCCAGGUUUUAUUCCUGUCAUGAUCGAACUUAUUCUUGACAAAGACAAAAGACAUUGCGGGGAGAGUGCGACGAAAGAUGAAGAUAAUAAACACCACAAGAUUAACAUUAAAAGGGUUUUUCUGUCGGACCUGAUGCUUCUAUUAAACCAUAACCAAAACAAUUGCAGGUAUUUCCUACAAAUUUCUUGUUGGCAAGAUUUCCUGCUAUCCUUGGCGGUCUUAGAACCGGAAUUCUCUACAGUGGACAACGACACAAUGACUAACUCAGUUUUUUCCCUCAUACGAUUACUUCUUCAUCACGCUCUAAAGCACGAACCCGAAGGCUGGAGGAUAUUUGUUGAUACAUUGGCAAUCCUUCAUGGACAGAUAUUUAAACGUGGUCUUGCUGGGAAGUGGACAAAUGUCGUACAAAACACUCGUGCUGUUCAACACAAGGGAGCAACGGGUGAAGAUGCCACUCCUUUGAAGAAAGACUCUUCAAACUCUGAUGUCGAUAACCCAAACGAAAUAAAUGUGUUGCGUUUAGCCACAGGCGAUAAUCAGGUGACGGGGAAGACUGCUGAAUCCGAAAGAAACAAAGAUUACCGCAAGAAUUUCUUUUAUUCCAUAAUCCAGUCAUCGAAAGAGAGCGAGGCUCGUGUUGAUGAUGUGAACCGUGUCUAUCCAUUGGCUGGAAAAAAUAUUGGAGAUACGUCAUCAAAGAAUUCCAAUAAUGAUGUCACAAGUACAACAGAUACUGUCCAAGCUGCGAACGUUGUACAGAAAGAAGAAACAAGCGACGGGAGUAAGAGCCAAGCGAAACGAGACGAAACGGCUAAUCCAAAUGACAAUGGCUCCUCUGAUAAGUUACCCAAUGAAAAAGCUCAACCUGUUGACGAGGAAGCAGCACGUGACGAAACUGGAAGCACCCAGGAAAGCUCUCAGGUAAAUAAGUCGAGCACUGUUGAGGAGAAGGUAGAAGAUGAUGCUUCUACUGUUCUUUCGGACUCGGGCCAAGAGGUUGGGGAUAGUGGCAAGGAAGGCGACAAGAAAGGCAAUAAUCUUCGUAGCCCAGUGACCGAGGUUAAAGCAGAAGAAGCUGUCCACGAUGAUAGCGAGAACAAUCAUGUUAAGAAAGAGGAGUCGAGCAAAGAAACGUUGAAUUCAGGGGAAAAUAACGACGUGACUGUGAAAGAUAGAUCCAAGGAAAAUAACGUUACCACUGUUCCUAAUGAAGAGCAAGAUGGUGCAGAUAGUGAGGCAAACGAACCGGACGAUUUAUCAGACACUAGUAAAGCACAUUCUAUCGACAUCAGCAAGGCGGUAAGAAAUGACGAGAAAAAAAAGGAGGGGAAUGGUGACCUGCCAACUGCAUCCCCUACCACCCCUAGUAGUCCACAUGAAGCCAGGCCUCUUAUACCAGAAUUUCUGUGGUCACCAAUUCAUCAACGUCUGUUGGCCGAUGUCCUUUUUGCCAUCGAGUCUGAUCUUCAGGUUUGGCGAAGCCACACUCGGAAAACUGUCUCGGACUUCGUCAAUGCAAAGGACAACUUUGUGUAUAUCUCUAAUUUGUCGUUCCUUAUCUCCGUGCUGUCAGACAGCAUGAUAUUUUGCUGUGGUGAUCUUUUGCCGUUGCUUUCCUCUGCCACGUCACCGGAUUUCUCCCAAGACGUAAUUCAGCCUUGCGGCGGGAUGCAAUUGGAAACCGCUUUCUCGUUUUUGAAUCGCGUCAUGAGUCUUGUCGACACAGUCGUUUACACGAGCAAUUUUAGCUUCUCUGGCGUUGAAGCGAACAGGAAUUUGGCAGGUGGCGGAUUUUUGAGACAAUGUACUCGAUUGGCUCUUUGCUGCGCAGCAAGAAAUCGCUUUGUGUGCCGUCGCAAGCAACAUCGAUACGUGGCCAUCGAUAAGAAAAAGCUGAAUUUUACAUCCCUCAAAGACACGGAGGAAGCGAUUAGAGCCAUCAUUGCUUCAACUCAGCCACCUACCGACGAGAAUUCCGUUCGUAAUAUGCCUGGUUAUUUGACGACAAUCACUGAUCCCGAUAAACUGUUACAAGACAUGGAUGUUCAUCGAUUACGAGCGGCCGUGUAUCGCGAAUUUGAAGACACUCGACAAUCGCAAUUCUUGGCGAUAACCGUCGUAUAUUUUGUCGCUGUUCUUACUGUCUCUAAAUACCGAGACAUUCUCGAGGAAGAGAGGAGCAAUUCUGCAAGUAAUCCAAAGACCAAUGGAGAAUCGUUGCCCAGUGACGGACGGCGCAACACGGCCGUGAGUCUGGGACUUGUUCGUUCUAACCGUAGUACAUCUGAUAUCGCCAAAGGAGACGGCGUUGUUGCUCCCAAGGACGGCGAAUUGGAGCACAUAGAUCUUAAUAACAUGGACAAAGAACCAAACGACCCAAUGUUUACUAGUCGCCUAUCUAGCAGGAUGAGUCUUACUGAAAAACUUGAACUUACUUUUGGUACAUCGGGCUUUUUGCUUCGCGAAAUCCUGUUGGAUUUUUGCUCGUUCUUGUCCAAGGUGCUAGUUGGCAGUCACAACCAGGAAUUGCUUAUGGAAGGCUUGUCUAGUCUGAAAUCGGAAUCUGUCGUCGAACUCGUUAUGUUGCUCUGCUCUCAAGAAUGGCAGAACUCCUUGCAGAGACACGCCGGCUCUGCUUUCAUGGAUUUGAUCAACGAGGGCCGAAUGGUAUCGCACGCAACGCGCGAGAGGUUGGUGAUGACGACAAGUGAAGCUCUGUUCAUUCUUCAAAAGCUAAAAGAAAGUAAUUAUCAGAAACACGAUUACUUUCAAAGUGCAUCAGACUUGGCGAGCGACACCUUCGUGCACAAGGGCGCUAUUCACGAUCAUAUCACGAGCGCUACUCGUGACAAGGAUGGAAGCACAGCAAGAAGACAAUUUCAAAAGAUAAUGGACAUCAUAAUCAGCGAACACGGUGCUUGGAAAGAAGAAGGGCAACCUGCUAUGAAAUACAAACGGUUAGAUAAUUGGCAGGAUGAUCUCGGAAGGCGCAUGCGUCUUGUUCACAAUCCUCAUGGCUCAUCUCAUCCCGAGGCAACGUUGCUCGAGGCAUUAGAAACAUAUCACUCGACGUCAAGCGCGGAACAAGCUUUGCCCCCCAAGGUGAAUAUAUCUUCCGAGGAAACACCGAAUACUUCCGAUGAAGAUGAUGCUGCAGACACCACUAUGAUCGACAUGGAUCGCAAGGACUUCAACCCUCGCGAUCAAGUCGUCUUCACGGUAGCAUGCAAGAGCAUUUCUCCAUGCAUCGCCGUUGCUGGGACACUUGCCAUCACUACGAACGCUGUGUAUUCACUCGACGAGAAUAACUCCGCUAAUAUGAAGCUGGAUCCUAAGGUAACCAUGUAUGCAGAUUACCUUCAUGGAAAAUGGUCAUUCGAGGACAUCAAAGCCAUACACUCCAGACGUUACCUGCUUCAGAAUUGUGGCAUCGAGAUCUUUCUUUCGUCACGCAAUUCAGUGAUGUUUGUUUUCGAUGACCACCAAACUGUGAGAAAGGCUGUGCGGGCAUUACCUGCGGUUGGGAUUGGUCCAAACUAUGGUUUAUUGCAGACAAGAGCAAUCUCAUUGGCAAGUCCCAAGCAGUUAUUCCAAAGGUCGAACAUGACUCAAAGAUGGCAAAAAGGAGAGAUUACAAAUUUCGAGUACCUUAUGUUCAUCAAUCGAAUAGCAGGACGAACAUACAAUGAUUUGAAUCAGUAUCCUGUUUUUCCUUGGAUUCUAACAAACUAUACCUCCGAAACUUUGAAUCUUGAUGAUCCCAAUAACUAUAGAGAUUUGUCGAAGCCAAUCGGUGCUUUGAACCCUGAAAGAUUGGGGCAAUUUCUGGAUCGAUUUAAUUCGUGGGACAAGAGUGAAGAUAUUCCACCGUUUCACUACGGGACUCAUUACUCGACUUGUGGUUUCACCCUGGCAUGGCUGAUACGUCUGGAACCAUUUGCAAGUCAGUUUCUGAACAUGCAAGGCGGGAUGUUUGACCAUCCGGGACGUACGUUCUCGUCGAUGGCGUAUGCAUGGUCAAACUGUCAACGAGAUACGUCAGACGUUAAGGAGCUGAUUCCGGAACUCUUUUAUCUUCCUGAAAUGUUUGUGAAUGCGAAUAAAUUUCAAUUUGGAGUCAACGACGAUGGGAAAGUUAUUGACAAUGUCGAACUUCCCCUGGGCAAAACACCUGAAGAAUUUGUCGUAAAGCACCGUGCAGCUCUCGAGUCGGACAUUGUUUCAUCAAGUCUUCACAAAUGGAUUGAUCUCAUCUUUGGGUUUAAACAAAGAGGGAUCGAAGCUGAACGAGCUGUGAAUGUGUUUUACUAUUUAACAUACGAAGGCAGAGUUGAUCUUAAUUCGAUACAAGAUCACGUGAUGAGAGAGGCUGUGGAGCAGCAGAUAAAGAACUUUGGUCAGACACCAACCCAGCUACUGACUGAAACACAUCCCGCUCGCCAAUAUCGACAGAAACUAGAUGGGUACGACUACUCCAAAUGUGCUUAUCUUUCUUUCACUAUUACUCCCAACGUUCCUGUGACUUGCAUUGCGCUAAAUAUCUCCUUACCAACAUCUCCUGGUCUCGUCACUGUAAGUUGUAACCAGUGUUUCUCUGUCAACAAGUGGAUAUGUCCAGGCUUGCCUCGUGAAACGUCUUUGCAAAAUGUUGAAAUCGGCACAGAUCCUUUAAUAGAUGGCAAAAGUAUACACCCUCGACGUUUGCUGGGCGAACCUUUGGACCAAACCGUCACUCUUACCGCAUCGUGCUUUUGUGUAACUGAUGAUAACCGUUUCAUUAUUGCUUGUGGUUAUUGGGAUAAAAGUUUCAAGGUUUUCUCGACAGAUUCAGGUAAACUUCACCAGUGCGUAUUUGGUCACUGGGACGUUGUGACCAGUGUGUCGUACGCGGUGGAUAUCAAUGGAAAUAACAAUAACGAUGCUGUAGUCGUAUCUGGUUCACGUGAUGCCACAUUGCUUGUGUGGUACUGGAAUGGAAAACAACAGCGAAUUUCAUCCAAUGGAAAAGCAGGUGAUACGGCAUCAGCACGUGCUAUCCUUACUGGUCAUGAAACAGCUGUGCUAUGUGCUGCAGUUAGCUCGUCUUUGGGAUUGGUUGUCAGUGGCUCACAAAAUGGAUCGUUUUACUUCAUACGAUAAUGGGUGAUUUGAUCUGUUCCUGGUGGAGCCGGUGUUCUCGUGCAAACACCCUAUAGCAGUAAAAAUAUCCAACGAAGGCUUCAUUCUUGCUAACUACGCGGAUACGAAAGGAGUACUGGCCCUUUUUUCCAUAAAUGGAAAGCAUCUUAAAAGUAUUGCAUUAGAAGAGCAGAUCUUGGUUUCCUGCUUUUCACGAAAUGGAAAUUUCUUUGUUACCGGUGGGUUUGGCAAAACUGUUACCGUGUGGCGAACGUGGGACAUGCACGCCUUGCACACGUUCCUACCAUGUGAUAGCAGCAUACGUACUCUUACCUUAUCAGAUGAUUGCAGGUGUGUAGCUAUCGGGUUGGCGUCCGGGAACGUGCUAGUGCUGGAAAUGGAGUUUAGUCGUUGGUCCAUGACAUGAAUGUUAUUUGUACUCGUACAAGAUGUUUUUUGUGAAAUGAAGUCUUUUCAUAUUGAAAACGUACAACGUGAGCGCUUUGUGUCUAGCAGCGCAUGACUAAUUAGUGUAAAUGUGUCCUCCUUCUCGUGUUCUUGUACUUUUUUUCUUCAACGCUUCUUUUCACCUGAUUUGUCUUUCGUAAUGACGUUGAUAAAUAGGCAUAUUUAUAUAUUCAAAGCGGUGAUGUGGCAUGCGCAGUAGUUAUGGUUGUACACUGUACAUUGAUAGUUGUAGGAUCUCUAAAUGCUUGUUCGCUGUAACUAGUUUUAAUGCAUUAUUUGUAGCGAUGUCUUUUUGUUUACUGGUGCUACUCUAGUAGAUAGAAUUAUUUAAGCUUUCAAACAUCUCAUUAGCAAUAAAAUUCAAAAAUUCAUGCAA